AUUCAGUGUAGAAAACUAAAUAGCGCGAUCAAAACAUGUUUUCGUUCUUGUUCGUGUAAUUUUGCUGGAGAUUUUACUCUAAAUACUGUGAUUAAUUUGUUUAACAUACAACGAGGAAAAUGCAUCGUCUUCCGCUCAAUUUGUGCAAAUUUGCGGCUCGGAUGGCCGAUCCAGUACGGCAGAAUCUGAAAAGUGUAUCUGCCAAGGCCACAGCCACUUCGCUGGUCGUCAACCGUGGCCUCCAAUAUAGACAGUCGUCAUCUAGUACCGGAGCAGCUGAUAACGGCAAUAAGAUUCCAUUGAGUAAAGCAAACAGCAACAACAGUGGGAAGCAGGAAGAAGAGGCCAGCCCCUUGACGGACAAGUUUGGCCGAUUUCACAGUUACUUGCGAAUCUCGCUGACGGAGAGGUGCAACUUACGCUGCAAGUAUUGCAUGCCCGAAGAAGGUGUCCCCCUAACGGCAAAGGACAGUCUACUCACAACCGACGAAGUGCUCCGUCUGGCCGGUCUAUUCGUGCGCGAGGGCGUCCGCAAAAUACGACUUACCGGGGGUGAACCAACGGUGCGCAAAGAUUUGACCGAUAUCGUCGCUGCGUUGAAGCGCAUUCCGUCACUGGAAAGUGUUGGCAUCACAACGAACGGCCUCAUGUUGACCCGACAGCUGGUGGGCCUGCAGCGGGCAGGUCUGGACGGGCUCAAUAUCAGCCUGGACACGCUGAAGGCGGCCAAGUAUGAACGCAUCACCCGGCGGAAGGGCUGGGAGCGGGUCAUCGCCGGAAUUGACCUGGCCAUUCAGCUGGGCUACAAACCGAAAGUCAACUGCGUACUAAUGAAGGGUUUCAACGAUGACGAGCUGUGCGACUUUGUCGAGAUGACCCGGGAUCGUUGCGUAGACAUUCGAUUCAUAGAGUACAUGCCAUUCACUGGGAAUCGGUGGGACACUAGCGAGAUGGUACCGUUCCGUGAGGCUCUGGCCACCAUUCGCGAGCGCUACCCGGAUUUUACGGCCCUCGACAACGGUCCAAACGACACCGCCAAAGCGUUCCACGUGCCGGGCUUCCGGGGUCAGCUGGGCUUCAUCAGCUCGAUGACGGAACACUUUUGCGGUGGUUGCAACCGUUUGCGCAUCACGGCCGACGGUAACCUGAAGGUGUGCCUGUUUGGCAAUACCGAGGUUUCACUGCGCGAUGCACUGCGCUCCGGAUGUUCCGAGGACGACUUGCGCUGCCUCAUUUCGGCGGCAGUCAAGCGAAAAAAGAAGCAACACGCAGCACAACCAUCUCUCAUCUCAUCCACCAUCCGAUCGUACCCCCUGCUUGGGGUACGCGCCUUCUCCUCACUCAGCCACGUGGAUGAGCGCACCGGCAAAGCAACAAUGGUCGACGUAGACGACAAGGUGUCCACCAGACGCGAAGCCAAGGCCCAAGCAACGGUUUACGUGGGGCCCACCAUCUCCUCGCUGAUCGAGAGCAACGAACUGAAGAAGGGUGACGUCCUGUCGAUUUCCCAAAUGGCCGGCAUUGUGGCGGCAAAGAAGACGUCCGAUCUGGUCCCACUGUGCCACAACAUUCCGCUGUCGUCGAUCAAGGUUGAGACGAGCCUGAACGCGGCCACCCACGAGGUUCACAUUUUGACCAAGGUCAAGUGCGAUGGGAAAACCGGCGUCGAGAUGGAAGCGCUGACGGCGGCCUCGAUUGCCGCGCUGACCGUUUACGACAUGUGCAAAUCGGUUUCGCACGAAAUUUUGAUUAAAAAUAUAAUGCUGGUGGAGAAGACGGGCGGGAAGAGCGAUUAUUACAAGCUGGCUAAGAAGCACAAGAAGCAGGAACAUCACUCGGACUCGGAUCCUCCGAUUGUCGUCAAACGGUACAAUACACAUCCGAUUGCAGGCCAUGAGGAGUUUGUCCCAGUACAUCACUGAGAUUUGACGCUAUUGAACAAUCAAUCCUCGAUAUCGACAACAUGUGCCUUUUAGCGUAGAAAGUAAGAUUUUUACUUAGCAUUUCUUUGUCUUUCUAUCUUUCUGCAUAGGAAACUCUAAAAAUGAACCAACUCUACUGCAA